UUAUUAUUACUUAUUAUUUACAUAUUUAAAGUCUAUUUAAAAAUAUUAUUAUGGUAGAACUGUUACUUAAGUUUUUUUUCCUCUGUUUCUACAGGUAUCGAAUGUACUGGAUAAGACCCGUUUGAUGUUGCAGUCAAUGGAGGCAAUCAAAUUUUUGGAAAUAAUGAAUACUUCUGAGAGCGAACCCGUUACUAAUAUAUUGACAUUAUUAUUUAUUAUUGUUAUUUAGUACUUACAUAUUUAAAGUGUAUUUAGCAAUAUUAUGUUAGAACUGUCACUUAAGUUUCUUUCCUCUGUUUCUAUAGGUACCGAGUGUGCUGGAUAAGGCCCGCCGUUUGACAGUGCAGGACAUUUUACAUAAUACUAUUCGCAUGCCGUAGGCUUGGCAGAUGGCAAAUCAAAUUUUCGAUGGAAUCUACUCAUUGGAUUUUACAUCAGCAGUUAUUAUAAAAACUUUCGAAAUAUUGUCUCCCUCCAGAUUGAAAAAGAAAUAAUUUUAUCCGAGGAUAACGAGGGCAUAAAUGUAAAGAUAAAUGUUAUGGGCCAUCUGUCGCUGCAAUUGGAUUAUUCAAGAAAUCAAUUACUGAGAUUGAGCAUCUCAAAAUCUUGCUAAGUCAAAUGGAUUCUAUGAAAAUUUGUAUCGGCUUUUUAAGGCAUGAACUGCAACAAAUAGACCACCGUUACGCUUACAAAGAUAAAUCGGGUAAGUGGCAGCAUAAUAAGUGUCUGUUGUUAUUGAGCAAUAGCAAAAAAGCAUGCAAACAUUGCAUUCCUUUGAAAAGAACAUUGGCCAAACGUAUAUUACGAACAAAACAAUGUGAGAAGAAGAGCCAAAGUAUACGCCUAACGCAUUCAAUGACAGAACAGAAGCUGUUACAGCGUAUACAAAAACUAAAUGCAGCAACCAAAAAAAUGAAUUCCCGAGCUAUACACUCUCUUAAAAAAUUGAAAGCCCUUGCAAAAAAGAAGCUAAAUUUAAAAAAAUUUAUAAAACAAAAACGGAAGAACUGUUGAUGGAUCAAAAUAUUCCGGAAAAUCAGUGUAUUGCAAUAAAGGAAAUUUUGCAAACAAGUCGAUGCAAAAGCUUGAAAGGAAGACGAUACUCCUAAGAAUGGAUCCUGCUAUGCAUGUCAAUACAUAUGCGUUCUCCUCGAAGCUACAGAUUCCUUCGCAACCAAAGCAUAUUGCCUUUACCUGCUAUACAAAUAAUUCGAAGGCAAAGAUUUCUCAGAAACUUCUUACAUUAAUGUGCAAUAUUAAAUCCGAUAAAUACAGAUUUAAUUUUUUACAGGUAUCUCUUUAUUAUCGAUAUGAAGUGUAGAUUUAAUAAGAAUUUUUUCAAAUUGUUCACCAAAUUUAUGGCCGACAAAUUAGAUUUACAGAGGCACGAAGCGUUUCUCAUCAAUGAAAUGUCCACUUGCAAAAGUAUCAGCGUAAAGAGUACUAAUCUAACGUACAAAGGUCUUGUGGAUUUUGGUGAAGAUAAUCACCCCACAAAUCUGAAUGAAAAAGCAGACCACGGAUUAGUUAUAAUGUUUAAACUAUUCGCUGAUGUGUAUAUUCAACCAAUUGCUGUCUUUGCUUCACGCGGACCAGUCACUGGCUACGUAUUAACACAACUUGUAGUAAAAGCAAUUUCACUGGUAAAAAAUGCUGGAGCUAAAGUUCACGCCGUUAUUACCGAUGGUGCUUCAACAAAUCGAAAUUUUUGGGAAAAUAUAGGAGUGAGCGGAAAAAGGAAGGGACUAAAAAAUUAUUUUUUACACCCUAUGGUGAAGGACAGAAAAGUUUUCGUCUUCUCUGACACUCCACAUUUUAUUAAGACCAUUCGCAACCGGCUUGCCAAUAAUUCGCAGCUAAAGAUGGAUCCCAACGGAUUAUUCAUAAAAUGGGAACAUUUUCACAUUCUUCAAAAAGAAGAUAGUAAAUUGGUUUUAACUCUUAGAGUAUGCAAUAAACUCACCAAUAAUCACAUUACUUUAAAAUGCUCAGAUAAAAUGAGAGUUUUUUUAGCCGUACAGGUAUAUUAA